AUGGUCGGAGAGUAUCCAAAAUUUCCACAAUUCUCGAGAUCCGAGAUAAGCGAACAACUGGUCCCAGAGAUCAGGCAUUGGGCUUUGACUAAUGGGCUAGUUAUGUAUCCACCAAACCCUAACUUUGUCCAGGGAGCAGUUGCCCCUACCACUUUGUAUCCUACACCUUUUCCCAGACAGAGCUUCGACCAGGCUAUUUCGGUUCAAACUCUUUACAACGGAUUAUAUGCCAAGAUCGCGCAAGAUCAAGAUGGAUGGCUAAGUAAAGAGAUUGAAUCGCUAGCCGAAUUCGAUCCUGAGUUUACAGGAAGGCUUUGGAACCUUUAUGUCCAGGCCAAAGAAAAGGGGAUUAGUCAAAAACUGGCAUUGGGGGUAUUCAGAUCAGACUACCUCUUAGAUGUUGGGAACUUAGAAGUCAAGCAGGUCGAGUUUAAUACUGUUUCAGUAUCUUUCGGAGGCUUAUCAACGAGGGUUGGCCAGCUUCAUAAGUUCUUGAAUGACUCAGGUAGAUAUUCAGGAGGUAGUGGGCGGCCCUUUUACCGAGAAGAAAUACCGGUAUCAGAUUCGGCCUUUCUACUAGCCAAAUCACUGGCCGACGCAGCGCAUCACUUUCAAGCAAGCAACGAUACUACUAUUGUGGCUUUUGUUGUCCAAAAAGGUGAAAGAAAUGUUUUUGACCAACGUAUUUUGGAAUACAACCUUUUUGAGCAUUUUGGGAUAAAAUCUGUCAGACUCACAAUCCAUGAGGUCAAUACCAAAACUUUUGUGGACCCUGAUACUAGCCGUAUUUACUAUAAGCCCUCAGGGGAAGAGAUAUCCGUGGUUUAUUUUAGAGCUGGGUAUUCUCCAAGCGAUUUUGUGGAAGAGCAGGAUUGGCAGAACAGAUUGACUUUGGAGACGAGCUACGCUAUAAAGGCCCCCAAUCUCUUAACGCAGUUAGCUGGUGCUAAGAAAAUACAACAGCUCUUAACAGACGAAAGCAUACUGCAAUGUUUUAUAAGCGAUGCAAGCGCUAGGCGUAAGUUAGGUUCUUCCUUUGUUAAAAUUCAUCCAAUGGAUAACUCAGAAGCUGGCUUGAGCGCGAGAAAGCUGGCACUUAAAAGUCCUGAAAGGUUUGUUUUAAAGCCUCAGAGGGAAGGUGGCGGCAACAACAUCUAUAAGGGAGAUAUUCCUGCGUUUCUUAGAAGUAUCCCCGAGCAGGACUGGAGUGGCUACAUUCUUAUGGAGCUGAUCAAACCAAAGCCAACCACCGAGAACUUCGUUGUCAAAGCGGAUCAAUUUGCUCAAGAACCAAUUUUGAGUGAAUUGGGCAUAUUCGGCUACGUUUUAUUUGAUGAGUCAACAAUCUACCUAAACGAGUAUGCAGGUUGGCUUUUGAGAUCAAAGUCUAGCUCUUCCGAUGAGGGUGGAGUGGCAGCAGGCUUUGGAUGUGUUGAUAGCGUUGUUUUGUACUAG